ACAGUGAAGAGGGACCCAUGCAAUGAAGUGUCACAGAUCCCAGAGUUUCUGGAAUGGAUGAGAAAUCUCUGGAAGGCGGUGAAAUAUGAGAACUUCAUCUUUAGUUUCAGAAACACUCUUGUGGCUCAUGCCUAUGACAACCUGUGCAAAGAGUUCAACCAAUGGGAAUGGGAGUUCAGAAGAGAGAUUCUCACCUGGCAAACACAAGCAGAGGUAGAAAUCUUGAACGCUGACAAUGAAUCUGAGGGAGAAACUUGGAACAGAUUAGUUGGACGAAAGAAAUCUGAGGUGUCACAGAAAAUAAAAGACCAAGAGACAAUAAUGAGGAAAAAAAUUCACGACUACUACAAAAUGACAGGCAAACGAGUUAAUCUGAUAGAGAAAUACAAAGUGGAAUUUUUGAACAGUGUCAAAGCCCUUGCAGAUGAAAUCAAACAUUCUGUGUGGGCAAAACUGGACUGUGUCCUUGAACGAAACAUAAUUUCAAAAAAGGCUCAGGACAUUCAGAGARAAUACAGAGGUGUGAUUGAACAGAAGGUCAUGAAGCUUCUGGGUGACUGCAAAGAGUCAACUCCACUGACUGAGGAAGAACUGACACAAGAGUUUGAAAAGAUGUGGGCUGAAGCCACUGUAAACGUGUCCGGCCCGAAAGAGCAAGAUAUUGCAGCAUGCGUCCUGARGCAGUUGAGAAAAAACCUCUUUAAUCGAAAUGUCAAUGAGGAGUUGCAGAACAUAAGAGACCUAAAGGAAAUUGGGACAGGUCCAUUUGAAACUAAACAUGAGCAUAUUAUAUAUUCCGCUAUUAUGCAGAAGUUCCCACCUCUGUUUGGAGGACUUUUGCAGAGCUUUGCGGACAGUAUCAUUGACUCUUGUACAAGGUUUGUACUUGAUAAAGUAAAGACAAAUGSAGAUUACGAGGACUCUUUCACAAAAGAUCUWYUAGAAAAAAUUGAUAAAUCCCUUAAACAAGGUUUCAUCCAUCACAAAACAAACAUACAUUUUGAGAUUGACUUGAAACUUCACAUUUGUGGCAUUGCUUCAAGGGAAUUUGUCAAAAUGCACAGAAGAUUCUUGUCGGAUAAUAAUCCUCACWCUCAGCUGGAAAAGUACAAGACUCAGUACCAGUCAGAUUUUCUCGAUUUAUACAAAAACCAAGAUCACUGCCAACGCAAAGCAAAUCAUUUUGUCCAGUCGUGUAUCAAACCUGCUGUGGAACAGUUCAUCUGUAGAUCUCUGGGCGUUGACAUUGUGGAUGACGUUUUGACAAGUUCCCAUUCAGCAGAGUAUAGUUCUCGCACAAUCUUCCAGUACAACAUUCAGAAAGAGUUGCUGCUAAAUGAAGACUUCAAGAGUUUUUUCAGCUACACUGCUAACUAUGAAAUAUAUGUUAAAGAUUGGAUAUUUCAACACAUCCUGCAAAAGAUGUCAGCGGACAAGACUUUGUGCAAACUGAAGAACAAUAAUCUACAAGUCAUUGACAAAAAAAUAUCAGAAGCGAUAGACCGGGCAGCAAAAGAAGAAGAUGGAGGUCUGCUGCCAGACAACAAGGAAAGCAUCACRAAGCUAAUCAGCAACAUGCGCAAAUAUUUGAUCAAAGACAUCUUAGUUUCAGUGGAGGCUGAAAAAGCCRCCUUGUUUCAAAUCCAAAGCUCAUGUCAUUCAUUCAUCAGCUGCCUCAAGAUCUCAAUGAAGGACUUGAAGGAUCAACUUGAAGAGGAGUUCUCAAACUCUGACGACAUCACUGAGACGCUGAACAAGCUUCCUAUCAAACCACAGGAUGAGCUUUUCAAGCGAGUGUUUGGUUGUGGACAACAGUGUCCAUUUUGUUAUGCUCCCUGUGAGGCGGGUGGCACAGAACACAAGCAGCAUCAUGCAGCUAUUCAUYGGCCACAAGGYCUUGGCGGAGUCAAGUGUGAGUCAAGUAGGAGGCUGGUUAACUCACUGUGUACAACUGACGUACACAGUGAUCGUGAAUUCAGAAACUCGGACACCAAAGGGGAGUGGCGUCCUUACAAGGACUACACUGACUACUAUCCAGACUGGAUCAUUCCUCCAGACCCCACCAUAGAAGCAUCUGACUACUGGAAGUAUGUCCUGGUACRAUACAAUGACAGAUUUGCUGAAGAAUACAAAGUCAAACCRGCUGAAGUUCCAGAGGCCUGGAAGAGACUCACAAAGGAACAAGCUCUGAAGGGUUUGACAGAUGCCUUCAACAUGAAGUGA